AUGACGCUCAUCGACACCUAUCAGACCUUCUUGGAGCGUCCUUCGCUGAGCGCUCUUGCGGAAAAGGCUGCACUGCACUACAUCACGACCCUCACCAGCAUCCACGAUGCGGCAGCGGUCAUCAAGCACCUGCAAGUCCAGGAGAAGCUGCUGAAGAAGACGAAGCAGAAGAUUCUGAGCGUGGUAGAGGGCAGACACGCCCUCAGUCUGGAUGUAGAGACGACAAUCGAGUUCCUGAAUGGCGGCGGCGCGUACCUGCCCGGACUGGACGACAAUUUUGUAGCAGACCACACGGUCGUUUUUCCCAUGGUUCACAUUGUGCACUUCGACAGCGCAGACAAGAUCGUGCAGGUCCGCCAGUACUGGGACCAGGGCUCGCUGCUCAAGCAAAUCGACGUAAUCGGCGCUCGCUCUCGCAACUGGCCUAUCCGCGAAGGCCCAGAACAGGCGAAGCUGAUCCAGCGCUCUGCUCAGCUCGUACAACCCGAGUCAGCGCCGUCUUCGCGCCCUUCGACCGCUUCACGAGGCGCAGACGAGGUUUCGAUUCGCUCUAGGGGCUCCACGGCAAAUGCCACGAACGAUCCCCACGCUUCCCUCUCCCUGUUCAAGCCUCGCGAGGUCGACGAGGAGGAGCUGCCCAGUGGACACCAGACAGCACCACGCGCAAUGUCUGCAAAGCCUCCGCCGCGCGAGUAUUCUGAGCUGUUUGUUAGCGAGAAUGCAGGUUCGCCGUCCCCGCAGAACCAGAGGUUCCCAGUUAAAGGUGGCGCCAACAAGAAGUUGCAGACAAACCGCCUGUUCGAUGAGACAGAGGAGGACAGGAUUGCCGCAACCACGCCGCUUAAGGUCACCAAGACGGACCCAAAGAAGUACAACCACUUCGAGUUUGGCGACGGCGAAGACGAAGAGACGCCCCGUGGACGCGAAACCGCGAGAACGCAAGGACCCCGCGACAAGAGCAAGAGUCAGGCGAACUGGGACUUCGAGGACUUUGUUACGCCUGAGAAGACAACCCCUAAGACGCAGCCGCAGGCUGUGAGGAACUUCAGCUGGGAAGAUGACGAGGUCGAACCAUCCCCUGUUCGUGUCGAGCGCGUGCACAAGGCACGUCCUGGCACCGGUCACCAGUUUGAAUUCGAGGACGAUGGCACACCAGCUGCACGCAAAGCUCAACCCCCCACAAAGGGCGGUGUAUCGAACAAGGGCCAGGGACUGUACCAAGACCACGUCACCGGCAAUGACGACGACGAAGGCAUCGCUCGUGGCAACGGCCGCGCACUAAACGAUGUCACCAAGGGCGUCAAAAACAACAAUCGCUCUCAGAUAUCCGGGUCACAGUGGGACACAGACGAAAACGCCGGGUUCAGCAAGUCCAGUGAGAACGCAAAGCCCGGCAAAGCUGGACACCAGGCUUCGAAGUCUAACUUCGGCUUCUACGACAAGUCACCGCAACAAGAUGGUUACAAGAUCAACAUCGCUGGUAACGGCAUGGGCAACCGUGCUGGUACCCAGUUUUCCCUGUUUGACGAUGAGCCGGAAGAGCCCAGGGCUGAUGAUAGGAGCAUCGGAAACCACAAGGGCAUCAAGUCGACUGGUGAUGGCAUGGGCGGGAGGAAGGGCGCAGACAAGAGCUUCUGGGACUUUUAG